GCCGAGGCGUCCUGUUCGUGAGCGCUUCUGAUAAACAUGCAUGUAACGUAGACGAAACUUUCUACCCAAGAGAGGCGAGGUUAAUAUCAACGUUACAGUCAUACGGGUCACACGGGGCGCAGGGAUAAGUAAAGGAAAUAAGAUAGAAGAAAAGCGACGAUCAGUGGGGCACUGACAAGACUCGUCCUGGAAGGAAAAUGCAUGCUUUUAUAAUAUAAUGGCAAAUAAAUACGAAUUUGUGAUUUUAAAAAUCACGUAUUAAAAACUUUUUAAACUUAAAUGACAGGGCUACCCCGUUGUCACGGUAAUAACCGGACUUGUCGACGCGGGCGGAUUGGGUUUGUUUGUAGUUGUUAUCGAUAAUCAUUUUGUUCCACGUUUAAUAUAUCUAUUCUAGUAAAUAGUGUAUCUGCUUAGUUGUAAAUUAUAUAUUACAUUAUGUAUUUUUCGUAGUCAUAUACACGGCAAUGCUUACAUUCAUGAUCUGGUGAGUGUAAGCUGACAAACUUGCAUAUUAUAUGUAAUUAUGUCACGUUGCCGCUCCAUGUCUUUAGUCUUUAGUAGCUGCUUUUAUUUUAGCGUUUUUGAGAAGCCAAAUCACCAUGACACGGUGAGUUAAUGGCCGCAGAUUGUUGCGAAAAGCGCCGACUGGGUGAUGACAGCCCCCCGGUCGCGCCGCUCCAUUCGCGCCCGUAGGCAAACCGCUUUUGGAGGGGGAAGAGUCCGGCCCCCUCAGCGCGCCUGCGCGGCCUGCACUCGCCGUCACACCCGCCUCCACUUGACACCUUCUUCGGGAGGAUAGUGUGCUGCAGGUGACGGCGGAAUGCACAGGCGUCCCUCUUUGGCCUGGAGGUCAUGUUCCCCUCUAGUUUUGAGGAAGUUCCGCAAUUCGACUGUUGUGAAAAGCCCAGCCCCAUAAGCCAUCUUACCACAAGCAGCUCCGCAUGUGCCUCAGCCUGACCGGCUGCGCUCUUUAAUUAUUUAUGGGCGUUUAACAGCGCUGUGCGCCGCUGCCCGGCUCUGGCCGCCCGUGGCCCCGCGACCCUCCCCUGCUCAGUUGCCUGCCCUUGUUUAUGCGGCAUCUGAGCGAAAUGGACUCGGAUAUGACCUCAGAUAUCUGUGUGGUUGAUGGCCUAAAGCUUCCCUGUCCCUUAAAUGGAGUUCUUUCUGCAAACAUUCAGCAUCUGGCCAUUUGCCGGAGCAGGAGGCAGGACUUCACCUCCGAAGCCGAAAGAGGAGAAUCGUUUCUUUGUGCUGGGCUCAGGGGCUCAGAUUAAAGCAGGUCUCGGCAUGAAGCGCGGCUCAUGGCAUGGCCAGCACGGGAAAGCACAUUUCUUUGAGCAGAGUCUAUCGAGAAUCUCGGGGAAAAAGUGGUCUGCCUGCUGACCUACCACGUGAUCCUGGUCAUGUUCGCCUGGGCGUACUGGAGCACCAUCUUCACCAGCCCCAUGACCCCGCUGAAGGAGUUCCACCUGUCCCACGCGGACAGGGAGCUCCUGGAGCGGGAGGACCGGGGCUUGUCCAUGCAGGAGCUCCUGCGAAGGAUCGCCAAAGAUCUGCCCAUCUGCACCAGGACACCAUCUGGAGCCAUUCGCUACUGCGAUAGAUGCCAGCUAGUGAAGCCGGACCGAUGCCACCACUGCUCUGUCUGCGACAAGUGUGUCCUGAAGAUGGAUCACCACUGUCCCUGGGUCAACAACUGUGUGGGUUUCUCCAACUACAAGUUCUUCCUGCUUUUUCUGGCCUACUCACUCCUCUACUGCGUCUUCAUCACCGCCACGGACAUGCAGUACUUCAUCAAGUUCUGGACUAACAGCCUGCCAGAGAGCCAGGCCAAGUUCCACAUCAUGUUCCUGUUCUUCACGGCGGCCAUGUUCUCCGUUAGCCUGUCCUCGCUGCUCGGCUACCACUGCUGGCUGGUGUGUAGGAACCGCUCCACCUUGGAGGCGUUCCGGCCCCCGGUGUUUCAACACGGACCCAACAAGAAUGGCUUCAGUCUAGGAGUCAGGAAGAACAUCUGCCAGGUCUUUGGGGACGAGAGGAGGUAUUGGCCACUGCCCAUCUUCUCCAGCCUUGGUGAUGGCUGCUCCUUCCCGACCUGCCUGGUCACCCAGGAUCCUGAGCUGUCAUCCUCCCCGGCUGCUCCACACCAACCCAGCAUGCGGCCUGGCAGGACCCGCCCCUUACCCGCCAAGCCGCUGCGGGAGUCGCAAGCAUGGCUGCUGGGGGGUGAGUCUGCCUGGGAGGCGGGCGAAGGCCAGAGGGGCUCGCGGGAAAGGGGAGAAGCAAACCUUCCUACAGUGGUGACCGAGGAUGAGGCCUAGGCCAAACAAGGGGCUCUCAGACCCAGGAAUGCAGGGUUGGAGACCACUGGAGAAGAACCAGCCCACAAGGAAGGAGCCUCCUAUUGACCCACACUGUCUUGAUGCAAGCACCAAUGAGAGGAUGUUGUCAUUGUUUUGGCAACAACUCAAGCAGCUCAUUGGUUCUUUUUUCCUUACUUACUCUCCAGUACCACAGACUGUCUGCCGUGGAUCACAUGGAGUCAGGAGUCAUAUGUGCUCAUGUGUGUUUGCUUAUUUUUGGCUUGACCCACGAUGGUCUGGCUACACAUAGUGGGCAGGCAGGUGGAAUGACUGUUUCCAGGCCUUGGAAAUGGCUUGGACUUCAGGAUACUGUGAAGAUGCAAGAGGCUCUGGAGUUGGUUCUGAUGAGAAUGUGUUUUUAAACCGCCAAAGUAUGUCACACUAACAUGUGUAACAUCCUGGGUUUCGCAAGCUACCCAUAAACUGCUUUCAAAAAGCUUCACUUGCCUGUGACAGCAAUUGCUUGCUGAACCAAUUUUUAUUUCACAUUUAUUUCACUCCUAGUACUAUAACAUAAUUGUCUGAGUGAUGGACUGCAAUAAGAGAGUCAAUCAAGUAUAACAAAAAAAGGUUGCACUUUGCUUCAAUUCAAUUUUAUUAUAAGUCUGCGCAAAACACAGACAUUUCGGCGUAAUGCCUUCUUCAGUGUGCACAAAGCAACAUUUUUUAACGUAACGUAAACACAAAUGUUUAAACGUUUUCUUCAUCUAGAUGGUAUUAUUUGCUUAAUUUCAGUUGGUGACAUACAAACUAACCCAGAUCAACACUGAUUAUUUCUAUUCAGCAUGAGUGAAACAUGUUACCAUGUUAUGACAGGGAAGCAGACUGCAGCGUGAGGACUUUCCUAAACAGAUUCAGUUUUAAACAGUCUUUCUUUAUGUCUGGACUCAAUGACCUCAAGAUAGGCUUUUGGUUCCAGGAUUUGCAGUUAUCUUAUAAAAGAGAAAGACAUUCCAUUAGAAAUUUCACAACUGGAUGUCUUAGUGUGGCUCCGAAUGAUAUAAGAGGAGUAUUAAGGCGUGCAAAGUCGUGUCAUAUAUGGGAGUUAAUUCACCGGGCAGGACAGGUUAUUAACAACCGAAGAACUUGUCAUAUUUCCUCCGGAGCAGCCAUUCAGGCUUUUGGACCAGGUUCAGGUAAUAAUAUACUGCUGCAGACUGUUAACACCACUCUCAGGCUCCACCGCUCUCAAGCCUGCAACUCUCAGGUUCCAUCGCUCUCAGGCCUGCAACCCUCAGGCCCUGCUGCUCUAAGGCCCCACUGCUUUCAGGCCUCACCUCUCUCAGGCCUGCAACCCUCAGGCCCCGCUGCUCUAAGGCCCCACUGCUUUCAGGCCUCACCGCUCUCAGGCCCCACUGCUCUCAGGCUUGCAACCCUCAGGCCCUGCUGCUCUCAGGCACCGCCGCUCUUAGGCCAUUUAUGGUUGGGGUGACACAUGCACAGAGAACAAAGUAGCAUGUACUUUAUCGGUUUCAAAAGUUUUCAAUGUGUACUUCAUCUGUGUGACAUAUUUGACAAAAAAAGGCACCACUUUACAAUAAGGCUCCCUUUUGCCUUGUAAAUGGUAGUAACUCAUUAAUAAAAAGAAAACUGUGUUAUAA